CGAAUUCACCACACCAAGGCUGGGACAAAAGUGCCUAUACAACCACCACUGAAGGCCCCCGUGGACCUAGCACCGAGCAUGAUACAUGCUGGGCCUUGAUAUAACUCGGCGCCCUGUCAUGCAUGUGGAUCUUCCUUGUUUGCAGCCCUGCUCAUGGCUGACCCCCGAUUGACUCGCAUUGAGGGCACCUUGACCUCCCUUCUCGAGAGCCUCGUUCCAGCACCUGAUCUCGACCAAGACGACACCGACUUCGAGUAUCGCAUUGACCGCGCCCUCCAAAAUGCGAAAGACGUUGUCCUAAGCGCCGAUGGCAGGCUUCCACCCGACACGAAUCAAGCUCAAGACCUGAUUAAGAGGAAGUUGCUUCGAGAAAAUGCUUCUCCAGAGAAGGCUGCCAGAUUCAGCAACCUCUACUCUAGACUGCUUGCAAUCCCAGUCUUGAAUCAGAAAUGGGCCAUCUUGUAUCUCUUGUACAAAUUGUCCGACAAUACAAAUGCAGAUGGGCGCAGUCGCAACCUAUUGGUGGACUCCGAUAUCUUCGCGAACGCGACCAAGCAAGAUGACCAUCGCACGCACAACACCUUCUCCCCUGAAGAAGAAGAAGAGUAUGGUAAUGGCUAUGAGGAAGCACCUCGCGCAAGGGGUCGCGCUCUAUCGUUCAAAGGACGACAAGAGUCUCAGCAUCCACAAGAUGCACCCGUCGAAGAGGAGGCUUUACCCCACAAGAACGAUGAAGACCACAUGGCGCCCAAAGAGGAGCAAGUGAAGUCGCCGUCAGAACAUGAGCUGCUACGAGAGCUCCCAUUCAACCUUCAAGGAGUGUCUUCUGCUCAUGUCGAGUUCACCGGAACUACAUCGCUCAAACUACCCACAACUCUACCGGUCCCCCUCAUCUCGUUGCUGAACGCGCUAGCUGAACCAUGCUUGCUCUAUCGCGGGCUUGCAGAGUACACCCGCGCCGAAGAAGGCGGCUUGAUGGAUCAAAGUCUUCGCUCGGCCAUCAAUAACGAGUUACGGUCAUACCUCAGUCUGGUCGCCUCGCUGGAGACAGAGAUCAGGCAAGCACUUGCGACGCUCGACAAAGCGCAGGAUCCCAAAGCAGUCCGUGUCACAGGCGUAACGCUGAAACGAUGCGUGAUCUGGACGAGAGAUGCCACCAUGGGCCUCAGAUUGAUGAUGCUCAUUGUGGAAGAUUCUAAGCAUAAGCGUGGUGGUCAGAUGCUCUCACUUAUUCACAACUUGUCAACCUCGAAUGGCGACCCGUUCGUCGCUUCUUUCGCAGAGAGACUUCUUGCUAGUGUCGCACGGCCUUUUUACGAAAUGUUGAGGCACUGGAUUUAUGACGGAGAACUCAUCGACCCUUAUCAUGAAUUCUUCAUUACUGAGCCAGACCCCAAUGCUGCGCCAGCGAUUGACCACCGGCACGUUGCUACUUCGGUUUGGGAAGAGAAAUAUAAACUUGACGCUGUCAUGGUACCGUCCAUCAUUUCAUCGGAGUUCUCUAGGAAAGUGUUUCUGAUUGGAAAGUCACUGAACUUCAUUCGACACAACUGCGGAGACUCAGAUUGGGUCAUUCAAUAUUCGAAGUCGAACUCGAAAUCCCUCGAUUAUGCCAACACAGCGAAUCUGUCAACAUCAAUUGAUGUGGCAUACAAGACAACCAUGUCGCGGUUAACCCACCUCAUGUCUACGAAGUUCGGGCUCUUCACGCAUCUGACAGCCAUAAAGAAGUACAUGUUGCUGGCUCAAGGAGACUUCUUCGAUCUUCUCAUCGAGUCCUUGGCGCAGCAUCUCGAUCGUCCUGUCAACUCCAUGUAUAGACACAACCUAACGUCACAGCUUGAACAUGCCAUCCGACAUUCCAACGCUCAGUACGACGACCCUGAAGUUUUGCGACGAUUGGACGCCCGAAUGCUGGAGCUCUCAACCGGUGAAAUUGGAUGGGACUGUUUUACUCUGGAAUACAAAAUCAGCGCUCCUUGCGAUGUUGUUAUUACUCAGUGGGCCAACACGCAGUAUCUCAAAAUUUUCAACCUACUAUGGAGGAUAAAGAGGGUUGAAUUCUCCCUCAACACGACCUGCAAACGCUGCAUGACAGGAGGUCGAGGAGUGCUUGCCGCGGUGAGUGACAAGUUGGGUAAUGAUUGGAAACGUGCCAGAUGUGUGGUCGCUGAAAUGGUGCAUUUUGUCAACCAAUUGCAAUAUUAUCUCCUAUUCGAGGUCAUUGAAGCCAGUUGGGAGCAGCUCGACGAAGCGAUUCGGAAGCCGGAGGCAACUUUGGAUGAUCUGAUAGAGGCUCAUACGACCUACCUCAACAACAUCACGAAGAAAGGUCUCAUCGGUCAACAAAGACACCCAGUUACGGGUCAACAAGAAGAUAGUCUUGUGGUACAGGUCCAUCACAUUCUGAAGUGCAUGCUCAGUUAUCGCGAAGUCAUCGAUUCGCUCUAUUCCUACAGUGUUGCCGAAUACACCAGGCGUCAACAAUUUAGUGCGAAAAUCGAGCAGCGUACCGCACAGGGCAAAUGGGGAAUCACAGAAAAGGAUACUCUGGGCGAUUCUCGCGCAAGCACCCCAAAUUCCAUCGCACCAGGAAAGACCAGGGGGACACAGCUUGUGCCCGAGGAUAACGAUUCUCCUCUCGUGGCACCGAUUGCAAACCUAAGCAUGAGUGAUGAUGAGACCCAUCUGGGUUCUUUGCGAUCGAGGCAGUUGAACUUGUCAGCUGAGUUUAGGUCACGUCUCAGCAUGUUACUGUACGACUUGGCUCACCAACCAGAUGUUGAUUUGCGCUUCUUGGGAGUGGUGAUGAACUUCAAUGAAGUGUAUCAACCUGUCAAUGUGCGGAGGCAGCAAGCAAGACGUGCUCGAGAGAAGCGUGAGCUGGAAAGAAAGGCUCGUGAAGCGACCAUAGCGUCCGAAGCCAACACGUCUCUAGACAGGGACAUGAACAGCUCUACAGCGAAAGGCUGAAGACAUUUCCUUUCGUUGGCGGGAAGCUUUCCAUUGAUAUGGACUACUCGGCAAUUCGGAAUUCCCUUGGAACGCAGCUCGCGUAGAAACCAACAGUCACUUUAGGGGACCUCAGCUAAGGCAAC